AGAAGAGGAGUCUUGUGUACUGCCACCUUCCCGCUCGCAACACCUCUGCUUCCUUUGCUUGUUCAGCUGUCACUGGCGUAGGGGUUCAGCAUGAGCGCCGUCAAUUUCGAGGGGUCGACUGAGGACCACUUACCAAAACCCACACCAGAGACGGAACCACUUCUGGGGAGACGACCCUCGACGACAUCUCACAGAUCUCAACAAUCAACCAAACAGCUUACAACUCGACAUGCGUUUGCCAUUCUCGUCACUUUGCAGAUUGGGAGCGGAAUUUUUGCCUCGCCAGCCCAGGUUGAUAGCAAUGUGCCCUCACCCGGUGCAGCACUGCUUGUCUGGGUUCUUGGAGGGUUGCUGUCAUGGGCAGGUGCAGCUUCGUUCGCUGAGCUCGGUGCUGCGUUACCGUUGAACGGAGGCAUGCAAGAAUACUUACGUCAUGUGUAUGGCGACACAGCUGCUUUCCUCAUGGCUUGGAUCUACAUCGUGGCCGUUAAGCCUUCGUCAAUGGCUAUACAAAGCAUUGUGAUUGCUGAGUCUGUUGGAUCUGUCAGUUCAAGUGAACCUCUUGCUGGGUGGCUGCUGAAGUUCAUUGCUGCCAUCGCUUUUGUGUCAAUGGUUUUGCUCAACUCCAUCAACACCAAGGUUACACUACGACUAAGCGAAUCUUUCACGGUCUUCAAGAUCUCUACAGUGGGUCUGAUAGUUAUUGGCGGCUUUGUCGCAGUCAUUGCACAUGUGGUCAACCCCCACUCAUCGCUCUCAGGGUCUUCAGAUUGGUACUCAAAGAACUGGUUCGAGACACGACCAACGGUGUCAGAUGGUCACAUCAUCAACUGGGACUCUAUCAGUACCUGGGACCGCUACGGCCACUACUGUGCAGCGAUCUAUGGAGGACUGUGGGCCUACGAUGGUUGGGAUAAUGCCAAUGUCGUCGCCAGCGAGAUCCGUGAUCCUGGCCGGUCCCUUCCAAAAGCCAUCAAAGCCGCCAUGAUUGUGGUACUGAGCUCUUUCGAGUUCGUUAAUAUUGCCUACUACAUCCUCCUGUCAUGGGAUAAGCUAAGCUCUAACAACGCUGUGGCUGUCUCCGCCGCAGCUUCACUUCUAGGCCAACCUGCAGGCAUUCUCGUCACGAUACUGGUCGCUGUCUCCUGUGCGGGCUCGGUCACAAGCAACGUCUUCUCAGUCGGAAGGCUCACAGUGGCUGCUUCGCAGCGUCACUACCUGCCUGCUUUCUUCAGCAAGCGUGGUCUACCCAUGUUCCUCAGCGCAGACAACGAUGAAUCUGUAACGCCACGCUUUGAUGCUCCCGUCUACGCAAACAUCCUUGCCCUAGUGAUCACUCUGAUCUACAUCUGCACAGGCAGCUUUCGAGCGCUUCUCACCUUCGUUGGAAUGGCUGAAUGGGUAUUCUACGUCAGUACCGUCAUCGGUCUGCUGCUACUUCGACGUCGAGAGCCGCAGCUCGAACGACCCUAUCGACCAUCAAUCAUUCUGCCUGUGACCUUUGUCAUCGUUGGUACUUUGGUCAUUGUGCGCAGCACGAUGUUUGCGCCCGUGCAAAGCGGAGUCCUUGCAGGUCUUCUGGUUGUAGGCGCCAUGAUCGGCAUACUGCGCUCGAGAUGAGGCCAGCCACGCAGCGUCGAAAAGCACACAAUACCACGCACGUAUCUUUGUUCGCGAGAUGCCUACGAGGAGGAGAGACUGUAGCAAAGCGAUCCAGAGUUCACUAGCUUGAGGUUCAACACACGUACAUUAGCACAUUGCGCGGUGAGGGCAUUUGCGCAAGUAAACUCGCACCGCCAAGCCACAUGCUCCACACCGAUACUGGCAUUGCUCUGUCAAAUUUGAACUUCCGUCUACUCCCGGCUAGCUCUGUUGUCAUCCGAUCAUUGCUGGCACCACAAGCAUGAUCUCCGCAUGGCAGAACUGCUUGCGCACCCUGUUGUCAUCCACGUUAGGUCACAUUUCGGGAUAAUCUAGCCAUACGGCUGUAUGCCUUGCCGUGUGUUGAUGUCGUGUGCGCAAGAAUGCGCCCUUUGCUAGGCACUCAAG